AUGUUGUUGUUAUAUUAUCAUGGCCAAUUUAGCGGAUGUCGGCUGGAAGCUGUUGGAAUUUAAAGCCAGAUCUAAGCGAUCAGGUUUGGCUUUUUAAGAUGCAUGGCAUGGGGCACGAUUAAAGAGUGUGUUUUUGUACUUCGUGUGCAUUUUGAGUCGUUGUCUGAGGCGCAUUAACACGAGUUAUCUUGUUGCAUGUGAGAGCAGGGAGCAGAACCCAAAGUUUAACUAAUAGAGGACUGGCGUAGAGUUCGUCUAUUGAACAAUGGCCAUCACGGCAAACGAGGCUCAGAAUGCCUGUCGCAAACUUCGGACCUGUGGCUCCAUCUAUGAACCGCUUAAGCUGUCCACACUGCAUCGGGACGAUGAGCCCCUUUGGGAGAAACUUGACCGCUUCUAUAGUGCAGUGAAAUGCACCAUUCUCAAUUACCAGAGCCCUACCACUGGUCUAUUUCCAGUAAAGACAUGUGCCGGCUGUAAGGAAGCUAAAGUCAGAGAUUCGCUCUAUUGUGCGGCCAGUAUCUGGGCCCUGGCUUUGGCAUACAGGCGCAUCGAUGAUGACAUGGGCCGCACCCAUGAACUGGAGCACUCUGCCAUCAAGUGCAUGCGAGGGAUUAUGUACUGCUACAUGCGUCAGUCUGAUAAGGUGGAGAAGUUCAAGGAGGAUCCCAGCCCAUCCACCUGCCUGCACUCAAUAUUUAACGUGCAUACUGGAGAUGAGGUUUACUCUUAUAAAGAAUACAGUCAUCUGCAGAUUGAUGCCUUGUCUCUGUUUUUACUCUACCUGGUUGAAAUGAUUUGUUCAGGCCUCCAAAUCAUCUACAAUACAGAUGAGGUGUCAUUCAUCCAGAACCUGGUGUUCUGCGUGGAGAGGGCAUAUCGUGUGCCUGACUUUGGCAUGUGGGAACGGGGAAGCAAAUAUAACAAUGGAAGCACAGAGCUGCAUUCUAGCUCAGUGGGGUUGGCCAAAGCAGCUCUGGAAGCCAUCAAUGGGUUCAACUUAUUUGGAAAUCAGGGAUGCUCCUGGUCAGUAAUUUUUGUGGAUCUGGAUGCUCAUAACAGAAACAGACAGACACUGUGCUCUCUGUUGCCCAGGGAGUCUCGUUCCCAUAACACAGAUUCUGCCCUCCUGCCCUGUAUCAGCUACCCAGCUUUCGCCGUGGAUGAUGAUGCUCUGUAUUCCCAGACGCUGGACAAGAUUGUCCGCAAGCUCAAGGGCAAGUACGGCUUCAAGCGCUUCUUACGUGACGGCUACAGAACGGCCAAUGAGGACAAAAACCGCAAGCACUACAAACCUGCAGAGAUGAAGCUCUUUGAUGGGAUUGAGUGCGAGUUUCCAAUUUUUUUCAUCUAUAUGAUGAUUGACGGUGUGUUUCGAGGAAAUGAUGCUCAAGUCAAAGAAUACCAGGAAUUGCUACAAACUGUCAUUUUCCAGACUUUUGAGGGCCAUGUCGUCAUCCCAAAGUACUAUUACGUUCCAGCCGACUUUGUGGAGGCUGAACAAAAAAAGCAUGGCAGCCAGAAGCGCUUCCCCAGCAACUCAGGCCGGGAUGGCUUGUUUUUCCUCUGUGGACAGGCUCUCUAUAACAUCGCUAAGCUGCUGGCGGAUGAUUUGAUCAGCCCUAAGGACAUCGAUCCCAUCCAUCGCUAUGUGCCACGGCAGGAUCAGAGGAACGUCAGUAUGCGAUAUUCCAAUUUGGGUCCCAUUGAGAACGAUGUGGUCAUUCAUGUGGCACUGGUAGCAGAGAGUCAAAGACUGCAGGUCUUCCUCAACACGUAUGGCAUCCAAACUCAGACCCCGCAGCAGGUGGAGCCCAUUCAGAUCUGGCCCCAGAAAGAACUUGUGAAGGCAUACCGCUUCCUCGCCGUCAAUAAGAAACUUGGUUUGACUGGGAGACCAGAUAGACCCGUUGGCUGCAUUGGCACUUGCAAGAUUUAUCGGAUUCUUGGUAAGACUGUGGUCUGCUAUCCAAUCGUAUUCGAUCUCAGUGACUUCUACUUGUCCCAGGAUGUCAUGCUUUUGAUCGAUGAUAUCAAGAAUGCCUUGCAGUUUAUAAAGCAGUGCUGGAAGAUGCCAGGUCGGCCACUUUUCCUGGUUCUUAUCAGAGAGGACAACAUCAAGGGAAGCCGAUUCAACCCCAUUCUGGACAUGCUUGCAUCAUUCAAAAAGGGAAACAUUGGUGGGGUUAAAGUUCAUGUGGACCGACUUCAGACCCUGAUUUCAGGCGCUGUGGUGGAGCAACUGGACUUCCUGCGUGUCAAUGAAGCCGAAAUCCCAGAGUUUAAGAGCUUUGAGGAACUGGAGUUGCCCAAGCACUCAAAGGUGAAGCGUCAAACCAGCACACCAAAUGCCACAGACCUGGAACAGCAGCCUGAGAUCAAUGCUGAGGAAUGGCUCCAUAAAUCCACAUUUGAGAUUCUUCAGAAGUUUAAUGACUGUGAUUGCUUAGCCAGUCAAGCCCAGCUGGCCAGCAUCCUGCUUCGAAAAGAAGGUGUUGACUUCUUCGAUAGAAACGAGCAUCUCAAGGAUGAGUUGGAGAGAAUUUAUAGAAGAGCUGGAAGCCGAAAGCUUUGGUCCAUUGUGCGCCUUGCUGCCAGUCUCUUAACUAAACUAGUGGACAGCCUUGCCCCGAGCAUUACUAGCAUUUUAGUGCAUGGCAAGCAGGUGACUCUUGGACUGUUCGGGCAUGAGGAGAUUGUAAUAUCUAACCCCCUGUCUCCAGGGGUCAUUAAAGACAUCAUUUACAGUAAGUGCAGCCCACACGGUGAGCGAGAGGCCGUGCUGCAGCAGGAGCUGGUCAUCCACAUUGGCUGGAUUAUCUCCAACAACCCAGAGCUCUUUAGCGGGAUGCUUAAGAUCCGUGUGGGCUGGAUUGUUCAAGCCAUGAAGCACGAGUUGAAGAUUCGAGCCGGGGACAUGCCAUCCCAGGACAUCUACCAGAUGUCCCCUAGUGAUGUCAAACAGCUACUGUUGGAUGUCCUCCAGCCUCAGCAGACUGGCAGAUCAUGGCUUAAUAGAAGGCAAGUUGAUGGCUCACUCAACCGAACCCCCCUUGGCUUUUAUGACCGUGUUUGGCAAAUCCUGGAAAGAACACCUAAUGGCAUUAAAGUUGUUGGAAAUCACCUCCCUCAGCAACCUACACUAUCAGAUAUGACCAUGUAUGAAAUGAACUUUUCACUGUUGGUGGAGGACACAUUGAAGAACAUUGUUUUGCCUGAGUACAGGCAGAUUAUUGUUGAGCUUUUGAUGGUGGUGUCAAUUUUGCUGGAAAGAAACCCAGAACUGGAGUUUCAGGAGUCAGUGGAUUUGGACCAGCUUGUUAAAGAUGCCUUUGCAGACUUUCAGAAAGACCGCAGCAAACUCGAGGGCUCUGAGAAGAAGGACAGCAUGGAGGCUUUCUACAACACACCAGCCCUGGGAAAACAAGGCACGUCCAGCUACCUGACCAAGGCGGUAAUGAUCCAGCUUCUGCAGGGAGAGGUUAAGCCCAGCAAAGAUGAUCCUUGCUCUGUCAGCUAAACCAGCACAAACUCAAUGUUACAUUAACUCUGUCAGAUAGUCUAACCUAGGAUUGUUUUUUCCCACAAAAAUGUAAAUAUAAAUGUGUUUAUUCAACUUGGACUAUUCAUCUAUUUUAAAACCCAAAAGAAAACAGUUAGUUUGGGAACCUCCCAAAGUCAAGCGGUGUUAGAAAUAUCUCCAAGGCUUCAAUCCAUUGGCUUUGUCUUUUGCAAUCAAUCUCUUAUUGUCUACCAUAUUGACUACUGUAAUAACAAUUCACUUAAGGUCAGUAUGUUACAUACGGUUAAAGAACCACUGAACUAAUUUAAUAAGUCUGCAUGUCAUUAUUUCUGCACAUGUUUUUUUUUGGAAUGCCGUGACAUAAAUGUUGUAUGAUAUGAACUGUUUUACAAGUGAUAAUAUAAGCAUUUUUGCAGCUGUUAAUAUAUUAGAUUUUUCCAGGAGGCCUACAUAGUCUUGAAAAUCAUUGAUGUUGUGUAGAACAAAAAUGUUUCUUAACUUUACGUAGUUUGUAUUUAAUUCUGAUCCCAUUAUGAGUUUACUUUAGAGCCUUUAUGUGUCAGUUUUUUCUUUGUUUUUGUGAAUGCUGAUAUGAAGUAAUCCAAGUUUUUUUUCAGUGCAUUACUACUUAAGAAAAGCUAUAUUAAAAGAAGUAAUAGAAAGUGCUUUUUUUUGCUCAAAGGUUUGUCAGUAAUAAAACAUGCUCAUGUUGCAUUAGACCUAGUUACUGGGGAAAAUCUCAAGGGAAACUUUCAGUAGAAGUCUUGUUUGUUGGAGUGAGUGGGUGUGCGCACCGAGUUGCUGGUUUAUUAUGCUGUCUACAGAUAUCAGCUUGCACUUAUGAGAGUCUGAUCAGACAUCUCAACAGUUCUCCUGAGGAAUGACUCGAGGAGAUGUGUCCGAAACUCAAAAUAUAUUAAACUUGGAGAGCAUAUUAAGAGCCCGAAGAAUGCGUCUCUCUCCCUGAGGCAUCGCAGAAGCUCAGAAUGAAUAGCAACAUUUAUUUCCAAUAGAGUUUAUGGUUGAAGUUUUGUCGAUUAUCAAACUUGAAUCACAAGCUAUUAAGGCAGAAUUCUUCACGUACAAGUGUGGCCAGUCACAUGGUCAUUAUGUUCAAAUAGGUCCAUGUGAUAAAUGUCUCAUCUGUUAAGAGAGCUGACUGAGGUUUCUUCUUAUGACACUUUGUGGAAUAAAACACAAUUCCUGUGAUGUACUGCA